CGCGAACUGAGUGCGCUCGCGCCGUGACGCUGUGUAGCAGGGUGCUAGGUGAUGCGGGGAGGCCCGGGACACUGUCGCUAGGAUUAUCUCCAAAAAAAGUCGAAGAAAAUCAGCGUUUAAACUCGCAAACAUGGCGAAGCAAAGCUCCCUCUUCAAUUUCUUCACCAAGUCUCCGCCGCCGGUGUCCAAACCGAAGCCGAGUCCCUCUCCGACCGAGGCAGACCUGCCUUCUUCCGUAGAGAAGUCCAACUCCUCUCCGAAAGAGCAAGCUAAACAGGCACCACCACAACAACCGAACAAGACGAGCAAAGUUAAACCGAAAGGUAACUCCAAGCCUGCGAAAGGAGGGUUCAGCAAACUAUUUGGCGACAAGCCCCCAGCAGUGGUAAAAAGCAGUUCCUCAUGCACAUUUAAUGCUGGUGCCCUCGUGUGGGCAAAACUGGAGGGACACCCCUGGUGGCCAUGCAUGGUGGUACCCCAACCUCUGACUGGACAGCAGAUGAGGGGCAAGGGUCGGAACCAACGCAUACACGUCCAUUUCUUUGAUGAACCCCCUACUAGAGGAUGGGUCAGCACCAAAUAUAUCAGAGAGUACCAAGGCUCUGACAGCACUGAUGCUAAAACGGGAGGGGUGUUCUUCAGUGGCAAACCUGUAAUCCGUCAUGCUAUGGAGCUCGCUGAUGGAGUCAUGACAGACAGCCCUGAAAAGAGAUUAAAGAUGCCUAUUUGUGUGGAUCCCUCUGAUGAAGAAGAGGAUGAUGAUGACGACGAAAUGGAGGUUGACAAGUCAACUGUGAGUGAUGAAGAGGUCAGUGAUGAAGAAGUGAAGUCACCCAAGGGCAGUCGACGUUCAUCACGUGCUUCAACUGAAAAGGGAAAUAAGGCCAAGCGCCGUCGUAUAAUUGUAGCCUCAGACAGUGAUGGAUCAGAUGAGGAAUUCAAACCAGAACAAGCUGCGCCCAGCAGUGAGGAUGAGGAGGAAGAAGAGGGGACGGUGAGCAAUGAAGAGGAGGAACAGGAGAGCACACACGAGUCAGAAGCAGAUAGCCCCGUGAAGCCUGUAAAGCGCAAACGUCCUGCAGAAAAGUCUGCUUCUACAAAAGCCAAGGUGUCCAUUACUCCGUCCACUGCACCAAAACGAGCUCCAGCUGUUGUUAUAGCUGACACAAAGUCUCGUUUGUCAGCCUUCUCUGCCCCAGAUAACUUUGAGAGCCAGGCAAAUGGAUCAGGCACCGGCGGAGGCGCCACAGUUUGGGACCAUGAGAAGCUAGAGUGGUUGCAGGAUGGCAGGAGGAAAGAUGGAGGAAGGCGGCGGCAGUCCGAGGAUGGCUACGAUCCUACCACCCUGUAUGUGCCAGAAGACUUUCUAAACAAAAACACUCCUGGUAUGCGUCGGUGGUGGCAGCUCAAAUCUAAGAUGUUUGAUACAGUCAUUUUCUACAAGGUGGGGAAGUUUUAUGAGCUGUACCACAUGGAUGCCGUGAUCGGAGUCAAUGAGAUGGGACUAACUUUCAUGAAGGGGAACUGGGCCCACUCAGGCUUUCCAGAGAUCGGCUUUGGACGUUUCUCAGAUGUUCUAGUCCAGAAAGGCUACAAGGUGGCUCGUGUGGAGCAGACAGAGACCCCAGAGAUGAUGGAAACGCGCUGUAAGGCCAUGGCUAAGCCCACAAAGUUUGACCGCGUGGUAAGAAGGGAGGUGUGCCGGAUUAUCACACGUGGUACUCAAACCUACAGUGUGUUGGACGGUGCUCCCUCUGAGAGUCAGAGCAAGUUCCUGCUGAGUUUAAAGGAAAAGGCUGAAGAGGAAAGCUCUGGCCGCUGUCGUACCUAUGGAGUCUGCUUUGUAGACACCUCUGUGGGUUAUUUCCAUGUUGGUCAGUUCCCAGAUGAUCGUCACUGCUCACGUCUGCGCACCCUGAUAGCACACUUUGCCCCAGCUGAAGUGCUCUUUGAAAAAGGCAACCCAUCCGUUGAAACGCGCAAAAUACUCAAGGCCUCUCUGUCCUCUGCUCUGCAGGAAGGGCUCAGUGCAGGCACCCAGUUUUGGGAUGCACAGAAGACACUUAAAACCCUUUCAGAAGAAGAUUACUUUAGGGAGACUGCUGGUAAGGAUCAGGGGGCCGGGAACAACUUUCUUCCUGCUCUUCUAAAAGAGAUGACCUCUGAGAGUGAUUCUCUGUGCCUUACUCCUAAAGAGGGCUAUGAGCUGGCACUCUCAGCACUGGGUGGAUGCAUUUUCUACCUAAAGAAAUGUUUGGUAGACCAAGAGCUGCUCUCCAUGGCCAACUUUGAAGAAUAUGUCCCUGUUGAUGUUGAGAUGGAGAAAGCCACGGGACCUGCAAGUUUCUUUGCCCAGACUCGUCAGCGGAUGGUCCUGGAUGGAGUGACUCUGGCCAACUUGGAAAUCUUUCAGAAUGGGUCUGGAGGAACAGAAGGGACGCUGCUGGAGCGUUUGGACACAUGCUCUACCCCGUUUGGAAAGAGGCUGCUGAAGCAGUGGCUCUGUGCUCCUCUGUGUAACCCAACAUCCAUCAAGGACAGACUGGACGCAGUGGAAGACCUGAUGGAAGCCCAGGCCCAGGCUACUGAGGUUUCAGAGCUGCUGAAGAAGCUACCAGAUUUGGAGCGUCUUCUGAGUAAAAUCCACAGCAUCGGCACUAUGAAGAGCCAGGAUCAUCCUGACAGCAGAGCAGUUCUGUAUGAAGAGGUCACCUACAGCAAGCGCAAGAUAGCAGACUUCCUCUCAGCACUGGAAGGUUUCAAAACUAUGCAGGAGAUAAUUUCUGUGCUCGCUCCAGUCUCUGGCGAAUCUCGAUCCACACUGCUCCGCCAAGUUGUCAGUCUGAAAAGUGAGAAGGAAGGGCUCUUUCCUGACCUCUCUGCUGAACUCACGCGCUGGGAGACGGCCUUCGACCACCAGAAAGCCCGCACUACUGGUGUCAUAUCCCCUAAAGCAGGCUUUGACCCAGAGUACGACCAGGCUCUGACCGGAGUGAAGAACUGUGAACGAGAGCUGCAGGAUUACCUGGACAGACAGAAGAAGAGACUUGGCUGUAAAAACAUGGCCUACUGGGGAACUGGGCGGAACCGCUACCAGAUGGAGGUGCCUGACAGUGUCUCAGAGAGGAAUAUUCCUGAGGAGUACGAGGUGAAAUCUACAAAGAAAGGCUGGAAGCGUUAUGUGACAAAGGAGACCGAACAGCUGUUCUCUGAGCUUCAAGGAUUUGAGGAGAAGAGAGAUGCAGCCCUGAAAGACUGCAUGAGAAGGCUCUUCUACAACUUUGACAAGAACUACAGCGACUGGAAGACUGGGGUGGAGUGCAUGGCAGUGCUGGAUGUGCUGCUGGCAUUGUCGCGCUACAGUCAGGGUGGGGACGGGCCAAUGACCAGGCCAGAGGUGGUACUCCCUGAGGGUGGUGACCAGGAAGUGCCUUUCCUUGACCUCACUGGAUCCCGCCACCCUUGUGUCACCAAGACCUUUUUUGGCGACGACUUCAUCCCCAAUGAUAUCUACAUUGGCUGCCCUGGUAGUGGUGAAAGUGAUGAGGAAAAAAGUGAUGCCUCUUGUGUCCUCGUCACAGGGCCAAACAUGGGCGGAAAGUCUACGCUCAUGAGACAGUGUGGACUGGUGAUCAUUUUAGCUCAGCUGGGUUGCUAUGUUCCUGCUGAGAGCCUGCGCUUCACUCCAGUUGACAGGGUCUUUACUCGGCUGGGAGCCUCGGAUCGUAUUAUGGCUGGAGAGAGUACCUUCUUUGUGGAGCUAAGUGAAACUGCCAGCAUCCUGCACCAUGCCACCAAACACUCGCUUGUGCUCCUGGAUGAAUUAGGAAGGGGCACAGCCACAUAUGAUGGCACAGCGAUUGCCAGUGCUGUUGUGAAGGAGCUUGCUGAGAAGAUCUGCUGUCGCACGCUCUUCUCUACACAUUACCACUCCCUGGUGGAGGACUACGCCAACAACCAUGCUGUGCGGUUGGGCCACAUGGCGUGCAUGGUGGAGAACGAGUGUGAGGAUCCAAGUCAAGAGACCAUCACGUUCCUCUACAAGUUCAUCACCGGCGCUUGUCCAAAAAGUUACGGCUUUAACGCUGCUCGACUUGCCAGCCUGCCAGAGGAGGUCAUCCAAUCAGGACACAGGAAGGCCAGAGAGUUUGAGAAGAACACAAUCAGCCUCAGACUCUUCAAGAAGCUCUGCCAGUUUGCUGAAGGUGGUACACUGGGCAACACACACUUUGCUUCACUUGUUCAGAUGCUCAACACACUGUAGUAAACACUCUGUAAACAUGCUUUGUUCUUGCUGAGUUUUUGUUUUCAGCACUUGGAAAAAACACUACUGUAAUGAUCUAAUAAAGUUUAUUUUUAAAAAAUGACAA